AUGACUUUGAAUUAUGUUUUGCUACUAUCUUUGCUUUUAUAUGCCAACCAUUUGCAAGUGCAUUCUUGUUUUUUGCCCACAUUAAGAUACCAUGUUUAUGUUUACAACAAUCUCUCCCCGAACAAAGAGCAAUUACGAGUGCACUGUGCAUCCCAAGACGAUGACCUUGGAUUUCACAAUUUAACAUCAAAUCAAAAUUUUCAUUUCACAUUUUGUGAUAACCGUUUUACUACGUUGUUCUUUUGUCACCUUUGGUGGAAGAACAAAAGUUUCGAGGUUUUCAACACCGAAUGGAAGAAACCCCCUACCCAUCACUCGGCUUAUGUCGCGAAAAAUGACGGUAUUUAUUUGUCGUACAAUGUACCUCCACAGAAGCUCGAGAAGAAGUUCGACUGGGAAUUGAAAAAAUGA